CCGCUCUACCGGGUUUGAACCUCUUUGUUACAUCCAGGCCAUGCAGUUUCUACGCACCACUGGCCGUGUGCUAGGAAACAGCACGUUACGGCGCUUAAAUACUGGACAUGUCAAGGUGUCCGCCGUCCCAUUGCGCACAUUCAUCACCUUACAAGCACCCAGAGCUUCUACACUUAGAAGUACGCCAACUAUCUGCAGGGCUCCACUUAAAAACUUCCAAGGUGUUUUCACCAAACGCUUUUCGUCAACCGUAGCUAUUCCCCAUGUUGAGAAGGUCAGAGAAGCAACGCAGGUUAUUGCUUCGAAACCAAUUGUCGCCUACUGGUUGUACUUUAACGCUGGCCUUAUUUUCGCCAUCGUCGUGGUGGGUGGGUUGACCCGCCUCACGGAAAGUGGUUUGUCUAUCACUGAAUGGAACGUCAUCUCCGGAAUGAAGCCUCCUCGAUCACAGGAGGAAUGGGAAGAAGAAUUUGAAAAAUACAAGCAGUUCCCUGAAUACAAGAUACUCAAUCGUCAUAUGAAUUUGGAAGAGUUCAAGAGCAUUUUUUAUUGGGAAUGGAGUCAUCGCAUGCUUGGUCGUUUUAUUGGUACCGCUUUCAUUAUUCCCGGCCUAUACUUCGCCUCUAGAGGAUAUAUGACGAAGAAGGUUGCAUGGCAGACAUUUGGCAUCAGUACCAUGCUUGGGUUCCAGGGAUUUAUGGGAUGGUAUAUGGUAAAAUCAGGAUUAUCAGAGGCAUUAAUGAAGGAACCUGGCGCGGUCCCUCGUGUUAGUCAAUAUCGACUUACUGCACACUUAGCUACAGCAUUUGUCAUAUACGGCAGCACAGUUAUGGUAGCUGCUGAUGUGAUUCGUCAACAUAAGCUUGCUAAUGGAACAUUCGGCAAGGAUUUGAUCAAAGCCAUUAACAACCCUGCUCUCAACCGGCUGAGAGCAGCCGCCUUGUUCAUGACAUGUUUUGUGUUUAUGACUGCCAUGACUGGUGGACUUGUAGCUGGACUGGAUGCUGGCUUGAUCUAUAAUGAGUGGCCCAUGAUGGGAGAAGGUAUUGUUCCUCCUACCAAUGAGCUUUGGUCCGACGACUAUGUCAAGCCUGGUGACAAUGGAAAAUGGCGCAACUUCUUGGAAAACCCUACCACUGUUCAAUUUGAUCACCGCACUAUGGUAAGAGGGAGGCAGUCAUAAUUACAAGUAAUCUACAUCCACACUUAC